AUGAUUCCUAUCUUUCGCCAGUCAGCAAGACCGUUGGUGAGCGUUCGCGCAAGAACCCUUGUCGGACGGCGCGCCGCAUUGGCCGCCACGGGGGUGCGUUUCAACAGCACAGAGACACCAGAGCCGAAAUUCGACACCUCGCUAGGUUUUGACGCAGAGACAGUGUCGAAUGUGUCGAACGUGCUUACCUCUGAUCAGUGGGGGUACAUGAAAAGUGUCGGGCUGAGCGACGGCUGGUGGCCCUCCGACCUGAUACAGACCACUCUCGAGGCGGUGCACGUGACCACGGGUCUGCCCUGGUGGGCCACCAUCGCCGCCACAACGCUGGGCAUUAGGUUCGCUUUGCUGCCGCUUUUCAUGGCCUCGUCGGACGCCAUGGCGCGUUCUCAGGCUGCCGCGCCAGAGACAAAGGUGUUGCGCAAAGAACUGAACAGCGCAAUGGCCAGAGGAGACCGCAUGACGCAGCAGCUGAAAAUGCAGGAAAUUAAAAAACUGAAUAAGAAGUACGGUGUCAAGUACUCGAGAAUGUUUCUUUCGCCGGGAAUCCAGCUUACGUACGGUAUUGGCUCGUUCUUUGGUAUCAGGGAAAUGGCCAACCUGCCCGUGCAAGGCUUUGACAACCAGGGUUUGUACUGGUUCAACGACCUGACUGCUCCAGAUCCCUACAUUGGGUUGCAGUUGAUUUCUGCCUGUCUGUAUGCUGUCUCGUUCAGAUUUGGCGGCGAGACGGCAGUCAGCCAGUUUGGUGCUAAAACCCAGAAGGCCUUCAUGGCAUUGCCGUUCCUGUCCAUUGUCUUCACCUGGAACAUGUCUGCGGCCGUGCUGGUGUAUUUCACGGCCAACGGCCUGUUUUCAAUCAUACAGGCCCGUCUUCUGAGGUCUGCCAAGUUCAGAAAAAUGUGUGGCAUGUACCCGAUGCAGAAACCGGCCAAGGACAGCAAAGGUCUGGUGGAGAACUUCUCGGAAACCUGGAAGGAGAUGCAAGAGAACACAGAGGUGAGAGAAAAGGCCGAUGAGAAGGCCAGAAAUGCUGCGCUACGCCAGAUGGUGAAGGCAAAGUCCCAAAGAGCUAUCAUUGAGCAACGUGAUAAAUAAAUAGUAUAUAGUAAGUCCUGUAAAUGGACGUCAUAGACCGUGUUACGAAUCGCCUUUCAGCACCUCUGAGAUCUCAGGCUCGCUCAGACUCGUCAGCUCCUUGCGAAUCUCUCUGCCAUUGGCCACACGCAUAACCACCGCAGGCGACACGUUCGAGCACUCUCGGAUCAGUAUAGGGACGUCCGGAUUGGCAUUUUUGAUCGUCUUGUACUGUUUGACGAGAAACGAGCUAGGUGUUAGGACAGAAAGUCGCAACUUACCGUAAUGGACGACUCGUUUCCCCCGUCUGCGACAGAAUAAAGCGCAGCUCCUUGACUCCCUUGGAUAAAGACAUGCCCAAUUUAGUGUGCUACUCCACUUUUUAUCCAAUACGGCUGCUGACGUAAGCCGCUUUCCCAGGGUUGCCGUUUCACUUGCACCGGGCUAGCGAGCCCUAGGGCGGCCACUGUCUGCUGGUCGUUAGCGAGAUGUUCCGUGUCGUGUCCGAGCUGGGCGUACAGCUGAAACUCGAGCACGCUGAGCCCGAGUUUCCGCGAGAUCUUUCCACGCAGCUUUCCUACCGUUGCAGAGGAGAACAGCGUAGCAGAGAAGCGAGAAUCAUUGAACACCACUUCGACGCGCGUGGGUGUGGGCAGAUGACGAGCCGGGGUGCUUUCCUCCGGGGGAAGGCCAUGUUUUGCACAUAAACUCAUCCACAGUGGCUGCGGACAUUUCCACUCCUUGGACCUGACCUUGCUGAUGAAGUAGAGCUCAAAGUUGUCACGGUGUUUGGUGGUAUACACUGUUCCGUCAAGUUUUACGAGAGACGGAAUUCUUGCAAAAAUCUGGCUCAUUGCAGAGUCGUAGUCGAUAGAGUCGAGCAGGGGGGUGUUCAAUAUUCUGAGAGAGGUGAGGCUGCGUAGCUGUGCCAGAUUGUCAAUUUCUGACCACUCAGAAACCGCUGUAUUGCAAAGGUCUAGUUCCUCAAUUAUCUGGAGGGAGCUGUCGGUGAGAGAGGGGAUGUGGAGGUCGUUGUAUGAGAGGUUGAGUCGUUUGGCUCGCGGCGCGUCGGUGAGCAACGCAAAGCUGUUAUCUGACAGAUCGAGCAAUUCCAGCCUGCAUACCUCUAUGUGACUCAGGUUAUUUGAAGCGACAUGGAGAUGUUGCAGUCUCGGAAAGCAGGAGAGCAGUUUGGGGGUGUAUUCACAAUUUCCAAGGUCGCAAGCGGAAAGAUGCAGCGUAUGUACCGACAAACACGGCUCACAGCUCUGGAAUCGCGUCCAGCGGUUUCCGUUUGCCUUGAGAGUAUGCAGAUUCGGGAGCUGGAGCACGAUUUGCAUCAGAUUGGGCCAAUCCAGUAAAUUGAAGCCCAGAUCGAGCACCUGCAAGUUGUGGAGCGAAGAGUCGAUCGGAGACGAAACCGCCACGUUCAGUCGCUCGAGCGUAACUGUCUCGAGGUUCCGGAAGUCUGCUUGUAGUCGACUCAGCUUCUCGAACCCGUAGCUCUCGACCUUUUUUGUGCCGAUGGUGAGAUCGAAAUGGUCGAUCAGAGACGCAGAUUCGUUGGCAAGUGACUCAUCGCUCGCGUACCGGUACACCAUUGCGUCCAUGAAUGACCGCCUGGGCUGCAGCUUCGAGAGCUUGACAAAACUGGCCGACUUCGCUCCGUGCAGUGUGCUGAAAUAGCGCGUCCCGUUGAUUGAGCCGUCGUUCUUGCCGCGUUCGGGAACGUCCCACUCGAUGCCGAUGGCGGUCUCGUUGGGCCAGUUCGGGAUCUCGCCCACAAAGCGCACCGUGGCC